AUGCCACGACCAGGUUUUAGAGGUGGAAGUCGUAGAGGCUCGAGUAGAGGCGGUGCAGGCCGCAACCCCUCCUCUCGGGGCCUCGCAGAUGCUCAGUCGUAUGCAACAGAGCCAUCAUACACUCCGACGGUCUUCUCACUAGCCGACGAGGCUCGAUCAACAGCUCAUGGACAUACUCCCUGGAGUGCUGGCACUCGGCUUCGCAACCAGCCCGUCAACUUUGUGAGUGCGGGGGCUGUCGAUCCUCUCAAACAGCUAGAAGACCAGCUCCAACGCCUGGAAAGAGAUCUACAAUCCAAGGCCAAUGACGCUCUGGAUGGCCUGUCGCGCCAGGCACCCACGUCCAUGCUAGAUGUCACCCCCCAACAAGCCGACAUAGUAUCUGAUCAUAUGACUCCCAUGGUUGUCCAGUGCCCAACGUUUGAUAUUCCAUCAGCUGGCCCCUGGGAAGGCUUGGGAUCCACGUCAGAUCAUGUCGAAGAGGAUUAUGCGUCCCAGCACAGCAGGCCAGUGUCUCCAAUAUUCAAUUCAACUGCGCUCAAAGAUAACCUUGCUUCUGCCGAGGCCAAUGAAGUUGCUGUCGCAAUGACUGAGCCCCCAUCAAGUCCAUUGACUUUCUUCAUCGACACCAACGGAGAUCCCUCACACCGCCGUCAGAAAAGUGUACCCGAGGAUACUCAGCAGCUAUCCACACUAGAGUCGAGUGGCGAUUCGAGCGACGAGGUCAUCUUGUUUAGAGGACGUAACAAAAUGGGGCCAAAGAGUCGUCAAAUCGUCCCACAGAAGCCAAAUAGGCCUCAUGCGAAGCAGCAAAAGAAGGCUUUCGAUCUCAGGGACAUUCAAAAAGAGGUACACCAGCUCGUUAUGGAUCCCGAUAUUCGUGGCCCUGCGGCAGUGGAAACUCAAGUACCGUCGCCAAACUUGCCUAGUAAGAACAGGAAAAAAAGCCAGAAACACAAGGUGAGAGCGAAUGGCGACCCAAGACAAACAGAGGACACCAGUAAGGAACAGGAAGCAAUACUGGCUGAUUACAUUGACAACAUGCGCGAAAAUGGCGAUGAUCUGGGCUUGAUCACGAGUCAAGGUCAUGCAAAACGUGAUAUUGGCGGUUCGGACAUGGACAUGCACGUGGAGAACGGCUUGCAUUCAGCGCAGGAUGAUGAUAAGUCAGGGCUGAGUGGAGAUGCUGCUUCCCUAGCCGGGUCCUCGAAAUCCAUUGACGAUCUUGACGCUAUGGAUCACGAAUUCAAGCAGCAUGAGGCACAUACAAGGUUGACCGAUAGCGACUUUCUUCUUGCCAAAAUGCUUGCUUCGGGCGAGGCAACCGAUGCAUACAGCUCGCAAGAUGACGAAUACGAUGAUCUUGAUUUCAUGGAAUGGGGCGAUGCAAUCACCAAGCGCACACGUAAACCGAAAAAGGGGAAGCUCCCGGUGUUCAACGUAUCGGAUUCUGAACUCGAGGCUGUCCUGCAGUCCACAUACAACAACGACAGACUCAAAAAAGCCGAGAGAAAGAAAGAGCGCGAAAAGUUGCGCGCGCAAGGCUUACUCGGCAAGAAGAGCAAACCGGAGGACUUACGUGUCAAGUAUCCGCAAGGUAUGGGCAUCGAGCAGAUUGCCCAAGAACUCGAAAACUUCUUGAAGAAUAGUCAGGCAAGCUUGGCACUGCCUCCAAUGGACAACCAUGCCAGGAAGGUAUUGCACGAGUUGGCCAACAAGUUCAACAUCAAGUCCAAGUCAACGGGAUCCGGCGACCAACGCCGGCCUACCCUGUACAGAACGGCCAGAACCUUGCAGUAUUCAGCGGACAAUUUUGACCAAGCCAUUGGUCGUGUGGGCCGCAAAUACUUCCCUCGUAAGGAUCUGGGCUCGCGAUGGGGUGGCGGUCGGGGAUCCGCACGUCGUGGUGGUGGUCAGCCGGAUACAGGCUAUCGUGAUGGCGAGGUCGUUGGAGGUUCUGCUCCGGAACUGGGUCAAGAAAACCGCGGUCGCGCUAUGUUGGAGAAGAUGGGCUGGAGUACAGGAACAGCCUUGGGGUCUAUGGAUAACAAGGGCAUCCUGCAACCUGUCGAGCAAAAGGUUAAAAGAGGCAAGGCCGGCCUUGGCUGA